CAACUGUCAGUCAAAUCAAAGUAAGUUCGGAAGAUUGUCGGUUGUCUGUUAAGUUCGUUUGCGUUUUUUAUGAAUAUUAUUUAACAGCUGGCGUGCUAAACCAGCCAGUUUGCAUUAUUAAUAGUAUAUUAACUUAAAUUAGUACAAACUAGUCUUUUAUGAAACAUGGAAGAAUCAAGAGCAGAUUCGGAAUUGCCAAAUAAAAUGGCACAUUUAGACAUUAUGGAACUGGAUGAGCCCGCGGACGAUUCUCAUGGAAAGCCUUCAGUUCCUGAACUGGCGACACGUGUGUUAAGAAAAAGAAAAUCUUUAGCGCCAGAAAUAACGAAGUCAAGCAAUCGUAGAGUUAGUAUGAAACCACGCAAACAUGUGAUAACCGAAAAUGCAAACCCCAAGCAAAUUGAAGCUUUAUAUCUCAACAAAACUGUUAAGACUGUAUCACAAACUUUAGAAACAAUUUAUGAAGAACCUAAGACUGAAAGCUCUAGUAAGGACACGCUCAUAGGCGGCAGGAAAGUGAAGAGACUGUUGACGUUCCAGCUUGGCAAUCAGUACACUAAGGAAAAAAUAAAGAAGCGUCGGGCAAAAAUUAAGAAAUUACUUGGGAAUAAAUCAUUUCUAAACAGGAAGAAAAUCCCAAUGAAUGUGUUCCUCAAAACAAUUGAGUGUCUAGAGUUAGAUGAGGUAGUUAAGACUGAAGCUACACUGCCCAUUAAGUUAGUUUGAUAAUGUUUUUUACCUUUGGUAUUAAUGAUUUCAUUGAUAAUCUCUGUAAAUGUAAUCAUAAUCAAUAUUUGCUAAGCUUAUUACACAGACAUGUACAACAAGCA